AUGGCGGGGGAGGUUCACUUCGCGCUGCAAAAAUACGUUGCUAUGGCAGGCUGCGGAAAUAUUCUUAAAGAGCCUGGAAUGUCGCUUCUUAGUUCGACACGGCAGUAACACGUCGUUUGAAACGGGAGCCCCUCUUUAACGCUGAAAUCUACAACAGAGACAGGGUAAGGAAUGUUAUAGCGACCUGAAGAGCGUGGUGAACUUUGUUUGUAUUCAGUGAUAAAGGUAUUGUUAAUGUUUUCGAGCUCUGUAAGAGUACAAUUAUUAAAUGCACGUUAUAGUUAACUUUCCCCAGGAGUAGGACCCCAGGGCAACCAGGGGGUUGUAAAAUAGGUGGGGUUCAAGUAAUUGUCAGUGAAAAAUCCCUCUGAUAUCCCCUGGGGACUAUUGUAUGUCACUCAGCUGUAGCUGGCAUAGUCGGUGGGUUUUUCCAGAAAUAACUGGCAACAUAAAGACCAUGAAAGAGCUUGUGGGGUGAAUUUUGCCUGAAAGUCAUCCAUGAGAAGAAUGGGCAAAAAUCCACACUCUGCUGCUUAGGGAGUUUUAGCAACGACGGCGUUGACGGCAACAAGAACGUCAAAACACCAAUAGGUUUGUUAAGCAAAACAACAAGUUUGCACGUGCGUCAUGCUUUUUUGUACAUUUCUUUGCUGUUACUGCAUGACUACGACGUGAAAAUGGCUAAUUUCGUGUUUUAUUGAGGACCUAAACAAGCGACCACAAGAUUUUCUUUCUCUUUCUAAACUUGAGUGCAGUCCCCAAGAAAUCAACUCCAGGGAAAUUUACCUACAUUAGACAUUUUCAACGAAUUGGAAUAAAAUGUGACAAAGUGUGAAAAAAUGCUAAUUCAUUUAUAAGUGAUGUUUUCGCUGCUGUUGCCAUCGUUGAUUGCUAAAACUCCCUGUUAUAUUCCCAUCGGCUACACAGCCUGUGAUAGUUUGGGAUUAAAUUUUACUCAUUCAUUUUAGGCUUAGGAGACACAAUAUUAUAAUAACAAGAGUAGCCCAGGUUCGAUAUAUUAAAAUUCUAACAUGACUCUGAGGCUUUCUACUCACAUAUUUCUAUAUUUGGUUUGGUUUUCUUUACAAAUGUGCGAGUCUCCUAGGAACUGCGAGACGAUGGAGUCCUGAAAAUUUUUCAAUUUUGUCCCAAAGCCUUGGAGUCAUGUUAGAAUAUUUUAAUAUAUCGAAUGUGGGCUAUUCAUGACAGUAGAACUUGGCUAAAUUGAAUUAACAUUAAUAUGUUGUGCUCCAUGUCCUUUUCCCUCUUCCUUCCAAUGUUGACCUUGAAAUAGACAAAUGUACCAAAAAACCAUUAUAUAACAUCACCGGAAAGGGAAAAGGAGGUACCAGAGGAGUUUGACCCAUGCUGUGUGUCCUGGAUUGUAACUUAAUUUUAAAAAAGCCAGUACAAUAAAAGGAAAACUGAAGGAAGAUAUCAGAUGUAGGUCUGGGAGAGACUAACAUUUUCUGUGGAUUAUUUUAUAUGAAAUUAAUGUACCCUGUAUAAUGUACAUCAUGAUGCUUUAUUAAAAGUUUUAAGGGCUGACUUUAAUACACCCCUAUCCAUUAUUAAUGUUGAUUCCAGUUAUCCUAUUUAAUUACUAAUCAUAACUAUAACAAAAUUGUCAAAUCUGAUUGGCUAUCAACUGCCCUGAUUUCAGCCUUAAUUGGACAGUUUGAUAGGACAGUACGCGUCAUGCCUAAGUAAUUGGACAAUACGCGCCAUCACGCGCGUACUUAAAUGACUUUUUUUUCACUGCUAGCAAAACAAAAUUUCAAAUUUCUUGUGUUUUGAUUUAAGAAAUAGCCUAUUAUAUCACAAAUUUUGUUAAAGUUAUGAUUAAUUGGUAACAGAACCUCGUGUCGUCCAAUUCGGUCUGUAAUCAUACUCAUGAUUGAAAAAAACAAAUCAGACUCCCGCUACGCGGUCGUCUGUUUUUGUUAAUCACUCAUAUGAUUACAGACCGAACUGGACUCCACUCAGUCCUGUUACCAUUACUUAACACUCCUCAUUCCUCAUUGUACUCAUUGAAUUUUCUGAAUAGGGUAUGGUUUUUGAGGGUCUUGAAACUUAAAUAGGGUAUCAUAUUUGCCCUUGCUAGCAUUGCAUUCCUGGUGUGAUCCUUUGAUACUUGUGUCAUCGAAAUUCAAGUGAGGAAAAGCCCAGCCAGCUAAACUAGAAACAAAUCAUCCAUUAAAAAUGAACUAUUCCUCAAGAGUAUUAGGAAAGUGAUUUACCAGUUAUUAAGCCGUUUGUGCGUUGCCCUGAAUAGGGUGUCCUUUUUAAUUUUCAGGUUUCGGCAUAAAAUAGAGAGUCAAUGUUUGUUUAUCUCAUCCUUAAUUUAUGGGGUCGGGAUUUAAGACUGUGGGGAGCACACACUAGACCCAGAAUUUAUGGGAGUACUUUACCCCGGGAUUUCCGCACAAGUACAGGAGCAAUACUUAAAAAAGCAUUUGAAUCCCCUGGUGAAAGGGAUGAGCAGUAGUACAUAUGCUUGCAGAAGGGUUGUGGUGGUGGAUAGAUUUUGGACUGACCCUUUUCCCUCCUUCAUUAGGUUGCCUUGGUAACUGCACACUACAGUCAUCAGUAUGAGCAGCAACACAGUCAAAACCUCCUUGGUUCUUGUCCUGUACACUGGUGGAACAAUAGGAAUGAAGAAACUUAAUGAGAAUGGUACAUUUUAGGGGUACCUACCCUAUGCCACAGUCUUCUUAUUUUAUGGAACAGAUUGUCGGUACUAUGCGGGGGUCAAUCCAUUUAGUAGGAUAAAAAAGGUUUUGAUAAAAUUAGCCUGUUUACAGACCCUCCAUUUUCUGUUUAGAGAUCAUCGAGCGCACAUAUGUGCAAUUCGAGAAAAUAUCCAUACCAUACUAAGGAUGGCUUCCAUAUUUGAACCCCCCCACCCUUGCCUUUGGAAUUUCCAAAAUGCGUUAUUCCCCUUAUGCCCACAGAAUUUCAUAACUGUUAACCCCCACUCCUGUUCGUAUUUCUCAUUUGGUCAAACCCUUUGGAAUUUUGGCAGGGUUUGCAAGUAUGCCCAAUUUGGCUUAUUAUUUUUAUGCCAAAAGGACCAAUUGCAGAAAGUGUGUUUCCAGAAAAUAUCCAGAGAAAAAAGGAUGUUUUGUAGCAUUAGGGCCUCUGGAGCUUGAUGUACAAGCUACAUUUUGUUGGUUUUCUCCUACAAAUAACAUGAAAGUAUUACUGAUCGAUGGAUGUAUCCUGUUUCCGAGGUCAUCAGCAGUGUCAUCAGUUUGUGCUUUAUUUGCGAACUGAUUAAGUCCCUAAAAUAAGUGUUUUUGAGGGAUACACUCAUCUGUCCCUUGUGGAAAUUCCAGGUUUAAAAGCCCCCCAUUCCUUCGGAAUUCCAAUCGUAAGUAUCCCCCCAUGCCUUCGUAUUUCCAGUUCAAAGAACCCCGUCCAUGGUAUGAUAUGGAUGUUUUCUGGAAUUGCGCAAUAUGAAACACUGCUGAUGAUUAUUUUAUUGAACAGAGCUCAAAAAAGUUGAUUUUAUCCUCAUGAUUAUGAUGACCUAUACUGGGAAACUGAGAGAUUGUUGCUUUAUAUUAACCCAGAAGACUUCUUAAUCAUCUGGGAGAGCUAGCACAUCUCCCAUUUAAAAUAAUUAUUCUGUUUUCUUCUCUAGAACCUUGCGCUCUCCAUCUAGAUAUCUUUAUAAAUGAAUUGAAACGACUUCCCAUGCUCCAUGAUGAUUCUGCCUGUUAUGUGUCUCAGGGGGAAAAAGAAAUUUCUACUUCACAGAGAUUAGCUAUGCCGUAAGUAUAUUUUUAUGUUGGUCAAUAAUUAUUUUUAAAUACAGUGUUUUCACUCGUGUGUCCGCCGGCUAAGUAUAUUGGAACAAAAGAAAGUGUUAACCUAGCUACAAAGGAAAAGAGGUCAACUCCCACAGGAUUGGUUAGGGACACUAAACUUGGCUGCCAACAUAUUAUAUUGGGACACCAACAGAUCAGAUGUGAUGUCAUGUGAAAAUGGUCUAUGAUUAUGAAUUUUUAACAUAAUUUGUCGGUGAACUAAUCAUAGUAUAAUUAACCUGUAACCAUGAUCUUUAAAGGUCCUACGUGUUAAGAAAUUAUAACUUCCUGCACUGUUUUAUUUAUUGAACUGAUUUUUUAUUUACAGUGUAUCCAAACUUGGCAUCAGGAUAAUGUACGAUAUCAAAGAAUCUGGUAAGAUCAGAGAAUCUAAAGACACUUGCGCUGAAGACUGGAUUGAUGUCAGUGUGGAGAUCUUUGAUAACUAUGAGAAGUAUGAUGGCUUUGUUAUCCUUCAUGGAACAGACACAAUGGCUUUCACAGCAUCUGCACUUUCUUUCAUGUUUGAAAACCUUGGGAAACCUGUGGUACUGACAGGAGCUCAGGUAAUAUGGGAAAGGCUGAAUAACAUAAUUUCUACAUUGUCAUCUGGGGCAUUCAUAAGUGACAAGUCAUUUGCUCGUAAGUUAACAUAUUUCUGAUAGCUACAAGCAUCACUGAUUUUCCCUGCGUCAGAGACUUAAUGUAGAGAAUAAAUGUUCUCGCUGGUGUGGUAAGAUGCUUUCGUAUUAGCAAUUAUAACUUAAGUAUUUCUUGCCAUUGUGUUGUUGAAGAAAAUAUCAAUGGCUUCCCUGUGGAAGGCAAUUUAUUCUAAGACCUGCCACCUAUCUGGAAAUUCCAAUUUACUUGUUAUAAGUUUUAUCAUUUCUUCUUAUAUUUUAUUCUUAAGAUCCCUUCCUGUACCGGUAAAUUCCAAUUCUGUGGGCCGGGGGAAGUUAUGGAAAUUUUCUGGAUUUACAGUUGAACCUCUCCACAAUGGCCACCUUGCAGGGGCACCCAACGAGGAUAUAGUUCAAAACCACUAAACAUAGCAUUGUUGAACGUAUUUUAGUAUUUAAACGGUAGAUAUAGGCAUAUUUUUAUCCCCUAAAAACUUUUCAUCUGUUCGGAUUUCCUAGCUGAAAGUCUAGUGAUCCGAAAAUCAUAGGGAUCAAAACUUACCUUUUCGAAAAUUUCAGCCAGGAAAAGGCUCCCGAAAAUUCUAGGUGGCCUUUUUUGGGGUAAAUAUCCGUUUAAAAUGGGUAAUUAUACCAUUUUGUAGAUGUUCGAAAAUCCUAGGAGAGGCAGGCAAGCAAGAAAUUUUACAACAAAUGUCCCGAAAAUUCUAGUUCUCAAAUCGUCUUCCGAACAGAUAUUUUCCCGAAAAUUGCCGUUGGGUGCCCCUGACCCUGGGAAAGAAAAUGGCCGUUGUAGAGGGGUUUUUAAUGUAUGGACUCUCCGCCAAAAAAGGGGGCCGUUGUAGAGAGGUGACCAUUAGUGGAGAGGCAUUAGUAGAGAGGUGACCAUUAGACUGUUCACAGUCCCCUAUUUUUUCGUGAGAUCGUUGAGAUAUAGCGCGUCUUACCGUUAAUGACGGUCAUCUUGAUUUUCAAAUGUACCGAGGGGACGGGCGUCGGGGAUUAUAGCUCUAGGGGGAGGUGGGCGAGAAAAAUAGAGGGACUGUAAUAACAUCACUGCAGUUUGCGUUCAAGGAGCGCGUUGUACCAGCAACGCAGGCGUUUGAUUGGUCAUUAGACAAUAGAUGUUAAUUUGCGUUGACAACGGGUUUAGUUUAAGUUGCCGACUCUGACAAGUCGUUGACAAGUCGCCGUUUCUGUAAAACGCACGCUUUCAUACCAUAACGUACAACUUGCGCAAACACACGAACGAUUUUUGGUAUUUUGCGGAUGAAUCACGUAAGCCAACAUGCUUUGGAAGCAGCUCGGCCGCGGGAAUGUUGUAACACAGUUUCUGCCAAACGAAUUGAAAUUUAACGUAACGCCGACGCAAAAAGAUGACUUGUCAGAAAUGCCUGGCUUUUUAUCCCGGGCUUUUUAUCGGGACGUUUUAACCAUUUUAGUCUACGGUCAAGCGAGCAUGCUUAGCGAUUCGAUUACGAAAAUGUUUCUCUUGUGCCUGUUUGCCGAUUUUAUUGUAAGAAUGGCCUGGAAACAUAAAAUCACUUUUUCGAAAGGAGAUAUUUGUAAACACGCGUAAUCGAUGCUAAAUGUGUCUGGCAUGUUUUUCAUCGCCAGCGGAGUUUCUUAAUUAAUGAAUGGUAAAAGGCGUGAAAUUUCUGUCACGCCUCCUGAACGCGAGCUGUAGUGAUGUUAUUACAGUCCCUCUAUUUUUCUCGCUUCCUCCCAAACCGCCCCCUGCCCCCUAAGUAGUUUUGACACUCACGCAAGAUGGCAGCCCGAAACGCAAAGCGCUCGAUCUCGACGAUCUUACGGAAGAAUAGAGGACUGUGAACAGUCUAGGUGACCAUUAGUGGAGAGGGGUUAGUAGAGAGGUGACCAUUAGUGGAGAGACGUUAGUAGAGAGGUGACCAUUAGUGGAGAGGCGUUAGUAGAGAGGUGACCAUUAGUGGAGAGGCAUUAGUAGAGAGGUGACCAUUAGUGGAGAGGCGUUAGUAGAGAGGUGACCAGUAGUGGAGAGGCGUUAGUAGAGAGGUGACCGUUAGUGGAGAGGCGUUAGUAGAGAGGUGACCAUUAGUGGAGAGGCAUUAGUAGAGAGGUGACCAUUAGUGGAGAGGCGUUAGUAGAGAGGUGACCAUGAGUGGAGAGGGGUUAGUAAAGAGGUGACCAUUAGUGGAGAGGCGUUAGUAGAGAGGUGACCAUUAGUGGAGAGGCAUUAGUAGAGAGGUGACCAUUAGUGGAGAGGCGUUAGUAGAGAGGUGACCAUUAGUGGAGAGGCAUUAGUAGAGAGGUGACCAUUAGUGGAGAGGCGUUAGUAGAGAGGUGACCGUUAGUGGAGAGGCGUUAGUAGAGAGGUGACCAUUAGUGGAGAGGCGUUAGUAGAGAGGUGACCAUGAGUGGAGAGGCAUUAGUAGAGAGGUGACCGUUAGUGGAGAGGCGUUAGUAGAGAGGUGACCAUGAGUGGAGAGGGGUUAGUAAAGAGGUGACCAUUAGUGGAGAGGCGUUAGUAGAGAGGUGACCAUUAGUGGAGAGGCAUUAGUAGAGAGGUGACCAUUAGUGGAGAGGCGUUAGUAGAGAGGUGACCAUUAGUGGAGAGGCGUUAGUAGAGAGGUGACCAUUAGUGGAGAGGCGUUAGUAGAGAGGUGACCAUUAGUGGAGAGGCGUUAGUAGAGAGGUGACCAUUAGUGGAGAGGCGUUAGUAGAGAGGUGACCAUUAGUGGAGAGGCGUUAGUAGAGAGGUGACCAGUAGUGGAGAGGCGUUAGUAGAGAGGUGACCAUUAGUGGAGAGACGUUAGUAGAGAGGUGACCAUUAGUGGAGAGGCGUUAGUAGAGAGGUGACCAUUAGUGGAGAGGCGUUAGUAGAGAGGUGACCAUUAGUGGAGAGGCGUUAGUAGAGAGGUGACCAUUAGUGGAGAGGCGUUAGUAGAGAGGUGACCAGUAGUGGAGAGGCGUUAGACCAUUGGUGGAGAGGCGUUAGUAGAGGGUGACCAUUAGUGGAGAGGCAUUAGUAGAGAGGUGACCAUUAGUGGAGAGGCAUUAGUAGAGAGGUGACCAUUAGUGGAGAGGCGUUAGUAGAGAGGUGACCAUUAGUGGAGAGGCGUUAGUAGAGAGGUGACCAUUAGUGGAGAGGCGUUACCAGAGGAGAGGCGUUAGUAGAGAGGUGACCAUUAGUGGAGAGGCGUUAGUAGAGGGGUGACCAGUAGUGGAGAGGCGUUAGUAGAGAGGUGACCAUUAGUGGAGAGGCGUUAGUAGAGAGGUGACCAUUAGUGGAGAGGCGUUAGUAGAGAGGGUGACCAUUAGUGGAGAGGCAUUAGUAGAGAGGUGACCAUUAGUGGAGAGGCGUUAGUAGAGAGGUGACCAUUAGUGGAGAGGCGUUAGUAGAGAGGUGACCAGUAGUGGAGAGGCGUUAGUAGAGAGGUGACCAUUAGUGGAGAGGCGUUAGUAGAGAGGUGACCAGUAGUGGAGAGGCGUUAGUAGAGAGGUGACCAUUAGUGGAGAGGCGUUAGUAGAGAGGUGACCAUUAGUGGAGAGGCGUUAGUAGAGAGGUGACCAUUAGUGAAGAGGCGUUAGUAGAGAGGUGACCAUUAGUGGAGAGGCGUUAGUAGAGAGGUGACCAUUAGUGGAGAGGCGUUAGUAGAGAGGUGACCAGUAGUGGAGAGGCGUUAGUAGAGAGGUGACCAUUAGUGGAGAGGCGUUAGUAGAGAGGUGACCAGUAGUGGAGAGGCGUUAGUAGAGAGGUGACCAGUAGUGGAGAGGCAUUAGUAGAGAGGUGACCAUUAGUGGAGAGGCAUUAGUAGAGAGGUGACCAUUAGUGAAGAGGCGUUAGUAGAGAGGUGACCAUUAGUGGAGAGGCGUUAGUAGAGAGGUGACCAUUAGUGGAGAGGCGUUAGUAGAGAGGUGACCAUUAGUGGAGAGGCGUUAGUAGAGAGGUGACCAUUAGUGGAGAGGCGUUAGUAGAGAGGUGACCAUUAGUGGAGAGGCGUUAGUAGAGAGGUGACCAGUAGUGGAGAGGCGUUAGUAGAGAGGUGACCAUUAGUGGAGAGGCGUUAGUAGAGAGGUGACCAUUAGUGGAGAGGCGUUAGUAGAGAGGUGACCAUUAGUGGAGAGGCGUUAGUAGAGAGGUGACCAUUAGUGGAGAGGCAUUAGUAGAGAGGUGACCAUUAGUGAAGAGGCGUUAGUAGAGAGGUGACCAUUAGUGGAGAGGCGUUAGUAGAGAGGUGACCAUUAGUGGAGAGGCGUUAGUAGAGGGUGACCAGUAGUGGAGAGGCGUUAGUAGAGAGGUGACCAUUAGUGGAGAGGCGUUGGAGAGGUGACCAGUAGUGGAGAGGCGUUAGUAGAGAGGUGACCAGUAGUGGAGAGGCAUUAGUAGAGAGGUGACCAUUAGUGGAGAGGCAUUAGUAGAGAGGUGACCAUUAGUGAAGAGGCGUUAGUAGAGAGGUGACCAUUAGUGGAGAGGCGUUAGUAGAGAGGUGACCAUUAGUGGAGAGGCGUUAGUAGAGAGGUGACCAGUAGUGGAGAGGCGUUAGUAGAGAGGUGACCAUUAGUGGAGAGGCGUUAGUAGAGAGGUGACCAGUAGUGGAGAGGCGUUAGUAGAGAGGUGACCAGUGGUGGAGAGGCGUUAGUAGAGAGGUGACCAUUAGUGGAGAGGCGUUAGUAGAGAGGUGACCAUUAGUGGAGAGGCGUUAGUAGAGAGGUGACCAUUAGUGGAGAGGCAUUAGUAGAGAGGUGACCGUUAGUGGAGAGGCGUUAGUAGAGAGGUGACCAUGAGUGGAGAGGGGUUAGUAAAGAGGUGACCAUUAGUGGAGAGGCGUUAGUAGAGAGGUGACCAUUAGUGGAGAGGGGUUAGUAAAGAGGUGACCAUUAGUGGAGAGGCGUUAGUAGAGAGGUGACCAUUAGUGGAGAGGCGUUAGUUGAGAGGUGACCAUGAGUGGAGAGGGGUUAGUAGAGAGGUGGCGGUUAGUGGAGGUUCAACUGCAAUCAUCCCUUAGAAAUUAAAAGUUACCGUAUAUUGAAAAUUUAAAUUAUAAUGCAAAUUCGUGAAUUGCAUUUCAGUUUAAAAGGGAUGAAGGUGUAUUAAUGGACUGUAUAAUUGUACAUCUAAUGUAGACCCCAAUUUAUGAUGAGCUGACAGAUGCAAGAGAUAACUUGUGUGGAGCCCUUCUGUUUGCAGGACAGUGUGUUGUUCCUGAGGUAAUCACAUACUAACUAACUGCUUAGUUGCUGCCAUUCUGAUUUGUAUAAAAGUCAUAUUUUUUUAUUAUGGACCUGAGGUGGUUACUCCCAUUAAUUUCAGAUAGGUGUGGCCUGGGACCAGGCUCCACAGUGGGGGAAAAAGGCAAAAAACGGGGUCAAAUGGGAAAAAUAUCGGCGAGCCAAGUGGUAUCCUGGGGAGGGGGAAACUACCUCUUGGCUCGCUUCACUCGCCAAUUUUUUUCUCCUUUUUCCCACGAUGCGGAGCCUGGUCCCAGGCUAAGAUAGGUGUGGGUCUCAAACCCUGACCAUACUUAAGGAUAUGAGACCACAUCCUAUUUUAAAGGCCCAAACUCAAAAAGUCCCAGUGCAGAGGAAAAACAAAAGAUUAAAAUUUAAUGGCAACAAACCUUCAUUAAAUCGCUUACAUAAUACUAACAAAUGAUUUCUUUCUUGUGUAACUGGGUUAAUUUAUGCACUUGAAUUUCAGCUGAUACUAUUUGGCCUUGGGUACCCUAUUUAAGGAUCACACUCGGAACACAAUACCAACACAGGCAAAAUGAUACCCUAUUUAAGGAUCAUGACCCUCUAAAACUAUAGGUGAAUCCUUGUUGACAUUUUUUACGUCAUUAGCAUAGGCUUAUCAUUAUCUGAUGAAGCUAAUAAAAUGACAUUUCUGAAUAGUGAAAGAGCAUAACAAUUUCAGUUGUCUCUGAAAAUUUGAGCCGCAUAUACGAGAUAGUUUUGGAGGAAUCCUUUUUGAAAUACCCCAGAAUUUACAAAGAAUGUAUGAGCUCAUUAACGUUUUGCCUCCCGGUAAUUUUGCAGUUUUAAAUUGCUGCUACACGUAUUUUCUUUGUUACUGAUUGCAAAGAGCUGAAACUUGCACAAACUGCAUAAAUUAACCAGCUCUUUUAAUUUUUGCGCCUAACUGGUAUAAACGGCUACAUCUUCUAUGGGUUAACUGGUAUGCUAAUGAGCAAAAAUGUAGACAAUGAUGUAACGAUCAAUCCGCCUAUACCCUGUUGGGCGGCACAUACCUGUCUAGCCCACAUAUGGGAGUACCUUCCCUGGGUAUGGACUCCACUACAUCAAAGGGGCCAUGUCACGAGGGUAAUUGCUUUUUUAGUGUUUUGCCCAUGCACAAAAAGCUCCUGUAGAUUUAUGAAGGAAAUAUCGGAUCAAUUUACUGAGGUUUCUGGGAAGCUGCCUACCCACCCCUUCUCUAAGCUAACCUUAACACUUACUUCUCACUUAGGGCAAAAUGAUGGCUUAGGGGAGGGGUGGGUGGGCAGUUUCCCAGAAUCCUAUAUUGAUCCAAAAAAUCAAACAAAUUUCAUCAGGGAGCGGCAGGAGCAGGCUGGGAGCAGCCUAGCGGGCAAUUUACCGUUUUAAUACUUGAAAAAGAUGGCCCAACCUUUUCAAAUUUCAAUCCAUGUCCAUCCUUGCCAUCCGUAGCGAGAGACAACAGGCUUUUUGAAAAUAUAGCAAAUAGCAUGACAUUAGCCCCUUUAAGCCUAAAAAUAUGCUUAAUAUGCUUCUGAGUCUAUAGCCUUGAUACCACCUUAACUAAUUCACCCAUUAAUUUCUAGACAUUUGAAAACCUGUAGGUGAUGAUCUUCUUUGACGGUAAACUAUUCAGAGGAAACAGGUCCACAAAAGUUGAUGCAAAAAGCUACUCUGUGUUUGACUCACCAAGCUUCCCACCUUUAGCAAAACUGAGCAGCAAUGGUGAAAGUAAGUACUUGAAGACUUUUAAGUCAUUUCGCUGAAGAAAGUGCUGAGUAGUAUUAUUAAUGUUAAAAUGGCCAAGCCUGCAGGCUGGGGUGCUGCAGGUUUUGUGGCAGAAAUUUAUUUACCAAGUGAAAUGAAAAUAAGGCCUGAUCUCAGGUUAAUUUUUGGGGGGAUUUGGGAGUGGGUUCAAUUUGUUUGCUUUUGUAGAUAGGUUGUGGACUCUAUAACAGCUUUCACCAGUUACUGUAAGCUCAAAACAGUUUUUUCACUGAACAGGGCAUGAGAAGAUGGACCACACAUUGGGUUCUACGUCCCCUUAGUCUUUUUUAACUGCUGUGGGUUCUUCAAUAUCCCCUUUUUAGCAGAAGGAUGAAAGAGACGUCACUGUCUAUCGCUCCAGUAUCACAAUUAGUAAAGCUACAAAACAAAGUUGUGAGAGUUAUUAAUAACGUUCCACUUCGUGAUCAUAUUACGCCUCAUUAUGCAAACCUUGGCCUAAUUAAGCUUCCUGACAUUGUUAAGCUAAAUACCUGCCAGCUGAUUUACGAUCACUUUGUAGAUAAAAAGCCGUCUAAUUUCACGCUGGCCUCGGUAUCUGAGCAACAUAAUUAUGACACAAGAAGUGCAUCCGUGCGACACCAAAAUCCCAGUAGCUUUAGAAUAAAUUUAAGAAAAUUCUGUCCAACAGUCGUAGGAUGCUAUUAUAGGAAUGAUAUACCUUUAUCUAUACGUGAAAAAACAACUUAAAAAUUGUUUAAAAGAGCACUUUUCAACUAUUAUCUUGCUCAGUAUUAAUCAUCGCCACACCAACUCUCAAAUGUUACAUUUUUUAUGGGUUUGUGUGUAUGUGCUUUUCUUUUUUCCUCUCUUUUGAAUAUUUUUCAUAGUUUAUAGGGUUUAUACUUUUCUCUUUUUUUCUCUUUUAACCUAAAUAAAACUGUAAUUUAAUCAAAGGGCAAGUAAUUAGUUUAACUAUAUCCUGCCCUCUCCAUUUAUUCUUGUAACCUGAUAUUUAAUUCUACAAAUAGCAUCUUUAAUUCUUCAAUCUUGUAAUACAAUAUAAAUAGCUUGUAAAAUAAAUAAAUGGAGGAAAAAAUAAACAAAAUAAACUGUCUAUCGCAGGGUGCAAAGAAAGUCAGUUUUACAGCUUGCCAUUUGGGCAAGCUGCAGCUAAAUAGUCAUUGCCCAAUAGUCAUUUUAAUUAGCCCCCAAAAAACAGUAUUGAUUACAGUUUUCUGUAAUAUGGAUUUACUUAAAAAAAAUUCAUUUGCCCUUCAGGCCAGUUAAGAACAGAAUUUACUAGCCCGACAGCAAAAUAUACUAGUCCUGGGCUAUCAGAGAGACAUAACCUUCUUUGUACGCUGCUAUUAGGGUAAACUGAGUCUAAUUCUCAGCCACAGUUGGGAAGAUUUUACCAGUUUUUUGAAGAUUCUGGUUGAUUGUCUGGCUGCGUUUUGAACCCUCAAUUGCCGGCUUAACAGACAGAGUCUCGUUUCUCGAAAGUCUGGAUAAUUAACGUACCUGGAAGGCUGUUGUUGUUUAUAUUCAAGAUCGAGGUUUUAAUAGUUUUGCAGUUAAUUAUCAGUUAAAAAAGGCAAAAUGGUUUGACUUGUUAGCCAAGACUCGCGCAUUUAUUCUUUAGAUUUUGAUUUGAAUAUUCGCUUUCGGGUCCGAAAAAAUACCCAGACUUUCGAGAAACGGGCCCCUGGUUGGUUGUUUGACCUCGGUUUGAGUCCAUAAUUCUCACAGUGCUCUUCCACCUCGGCUAAUAGGACAAUAGUUGUUAGCCGCGAAACAACGCGCGAGCGAGCGGCGAAACUGCGAGGAACGUGGAAACCUUUCCGCGCCCAUCGCACUCGCGCCUGCUUUCGUGCGCUGCUCUCGCGGGAAUUCUCGUGACUCCCCCAAAUGGAGAGCUUCCUCGCAUGCUAAUAGGAUCAUAAUUUAACAUGAGAAAAUUUUUAGGGCCAACAAAAUAAAACUAAAAAGCAUUCACCACAUUGUUCUCAGAGUCUUCUCUGAAUUUUUCAUUAGUUGAGUGGCACUGUUGUGUUGAAAAAUGUCAGGAAGGCCAAAGUUUCAGACUUCAUACCAAGAUGAGCCAAAAAAUAGCUUUACUCCCCAUGUUUCCAAGUAUUCCAGUAGAAAUGGUAUGUCGUCAUAAUUUACGGUUUGUAGCUUCUAUAAUUUGCUAUAAUUAUUAAGUCUCAUUUCCAAAGUUUAUCUUGUUCCAUUCCUUGUAGCUAGAGAAGCUAAAAAGAGAAGAAGCUGUAUUUUUUCCUGAUUCUCUUUCCUGAUUAUUUUCCCGCAGUAUGAGGAUAAUGCUUAGUUGACUGAUCGUUCAUUCUUUUUGAAAAGCUAAAACGUGUCUUCACAUCAACUGAAGACCAAAAAUAAUGACCCUGUCAGUCUGUUUUGCUAUUAAAGACAAAACUGUAAUUAGGCAUUGAAACUCGGUUUCCAGUCGUCUGUUGUUACGGAUGGCAAGGAUGGAUGUGGACAAUACGCGAAAAAACGUAAAGGGCAAAUCUUGUCCUGGUAGUCGUUCUCGCCCUUCAGUCUAAAGGUCUCUAUCAACCAGUGCCUUAACCCAUACAUAAAAUGCUCCUUUAGAGUUAUGAAGAAGAUAUCAGACAAAUUUCAACGAGAGACAAACCAUAAUAAUUUUUUGUGAUUUUUGUAGUCGAAAUUAUCACAAAAAUCACAAAAAAUUUUUAUGGUUUGCCUCUCGUUGAAAUUUGUUUGAUAUCUUCUUCAUAACUCUCCUGAAGGAGCAUUUUAUGUAUGGGUUAAGGCACUGAUUAAUAGAGACCUUCAGACUGGAGGACGAGAACGACUACGAGGACAAGAUUUGACUUUUACGUUUUUUCGCGUAUUCUCAAAAAAUAGACACCGCGGAAAGUUUCGUUGUACUUGUUUAUUACUAGAAAAGUCAGCACUGUUAUCUUAAUUGAAAGAGGUUACGCCCUCUCCCAAUCGCAAAAUGAUAAAACCUCGAACAUUUGAUAAAUUGUUUCCGUCACUACGACAUUCUGACGACGGCUACCACGUUUUCCCGCCAAAAUAACGCUGGUUAACGCGCGCGCACUACUUAGUAUUGGGAAAAUCUCAUACUGGUAGUCGUACGUCUUAGAAUCUAAAGCCUAAAGGUCUCUAAUGACGUUAACAGGGUAAUUGACCUAAAACAGCAAUAUCCUCAUGACAUAGCUUCUUUUAUUCUUUAUAGAUCAAAGGUUGUUUAGAACCACCUAUCGAAGGUGUUGUCAUGGUAACAUAUGGAAGUGGCAAUAUACCUGAUUCCAGAACAGACCUGAUUACAGCCAUCAGAGAAGCCGUGCAGAGGGGUGUGGUCAUAGUAACGUGUUGCCCUUGUCGUGGAGGCCCGCAUGAUGUUUCCAUGCAGUUAGUUGAACAGGUACUGUACCAUCAUCAGAGAGAUUAAGAGUCACGUUUACAGCAAACGGCAAACGCAGGGUGCAAAGAAAGUCAGUUUGACUAACAUCUACUAUCCCGAAAGUCAUUUUUACUAGCCCGAAAAAUUUUUUUCGCGAGCAGAAUGAAAAAAAAUAUUAAUUAAUUAUUCCUGUCUUAAUUACACUGUAAGGUAAUAAAUUACUGGCUUCAUUUAUUCAUUACAAUCAGCUGUAGUUAUUUAACAAAAGCAAUAAAUAACCGUAAAAGUGUGCACUAUAAGUAGACCUGGUAAGAUACUCUUGACACACUAGUACAAUAAUUCAGUGUUCACCUUUUGAUUAUAAAUGCCUUUGUCUUGAAAGUCAACUCACAAUGAUGAAAUAAUUAAUUUAAGUGAACCUAACGGAAUGAAGGUCCAAAUAACAAAUAACACAAUACUAAAAACUACAUAUUAUUGGUUAACCUCUUGUGAAAAUGUCCAAAUACUCAAUCUUCUGUAACGCUUUGACCUUAACGCAAUAUUCGCUCCCGAUGUCUUCAACUAGUUUGAUCUAGUUUUGCUGUUUUGCUCUCGGCGCUGCCACACUGUAGAAUUUUUUCUAAGUCCACCAGAACACGUGAAUGAUUAAUAUGCAUUUUAGACAUUUUACAAUUUAGAAAAACAUUUUUUAAGAAAAAACGGCGUUGAAACCGUGAAACCAAUGAAAGUUCUCAAUGGACACACUAAACGACAACGUAGACAACGCGAAAAGCUGCCAGUGAAAGCACUUCAUUCUGCAAUUUGCCGCGCAAUUUCCCGCGGGAAUAUUUCUUAGCCGCUGACAGGGGAGAUGUUUAUAUUAUUAAAGGGCAUAAACAUUUGAUAGCUUUCAUCAGUUUGCUUCUCAUUCAAAUUAGUGCAUUCAGAAGGUCAUUUUUCUGAAGAAGGUUUGUUUGGGAGUCAGUUUUCCGAGUCAAGUUUCAAGUUCACGGGAAAGUGGAAAAUGCGAGUGUCAAGUCACGCAUAAGUGAGCAAAUAUCAUGCGAACAAAAAUUAUGCAAAUUUGUGGUUCAUCUUGUUACAAGUAACCAAAGGUUUUAGGUUUCAAAAGAACAAAAGUGUUCGUUUUAUUUCUCGCAACUUUUCAUCUAAAAGAUUUUCGUGAAAAGUGAAAACAAUACGAGGUGGUCUAUAUAUUUUAAUCAACAAACACCUACAGUAUCAGUGUUUAGAAUUUACCAUACUGAAACGCACGUGACCAAUAUUUGCUAAAACCGUAAUAAAUUCCUCACAGGAGUUCAGGAUCAAAACCUUUUAGGUUCCUCACAAAUGAUUAUGAAGCAAGAUUUAGACAAACAGCGUUCUCUGAAUCAGUAAGAAUUAGUCACGGGCAACAUUUACGUCCAAAGUUUUUUCAAUAUCUGCUUUUCCUUUAUCCGCGGGAUCUCAAUAUGUCCAUCCUCGGAGACCCAGGGGCAGAUAAAGGGGGCGAGGGAAAGUCUAAACGGGCGGAAAAAUAUAUAUGGAACGAAGAAAAGUAAAGAACGGCGAGAAGAGCCCCUGGGGACAAUGUCUUACCAGACCAGUUCCAAACGGUCGCCGCCGUUCUGGCUUCUGAUUGGUGCCAGAAAAACACAAGUUUGUCUUCGAGCAUGCAAUAUGUCUCGUCUGACAUGUAAUGCGAUGCUUCGUCUUGUUUAUGCAGAUUUCACUUCGUCGGAGCGACUUUCGGUCCGCAGGAAUUUAUGAGGAAUUUAACACAUUUUUGGUCUUACAGUACUUCUGUAAUUUUACUUCUCAGAAAAAUCUUCGCUUGCCCGUCGGGCAAGUUAAGCACAGAAUUCACCAGCCCGAUCGCAAAAUCCACUAGCCGCGGGCUGUCGGACACGACUUACUUUGCACGCUGAAACGUCAGAUGCAAGUUGACAAUUUCUCAGAAUAGAAAAUAAGCAGAUAAAAACAGCUCAGAACAAUUCUUAUGGAUAAAACUGGCGUGAAACUAUUUAUUUUUGUGUAGAAGUAAUAAACAGGAAACGAAAAUUAAGGGGAAAACUUGGUCACGUGGUGCAAAUUCACGUUUGCCAUUUGGGGUAAACGUGAAUCUUAAUCUCUCUAUUGUGUAUGAUGAAACCGCUGUCCUCAAUUGGAUAAGCACUGGUCUGCCGAACGGAGGCCACUGGUUCAAAUCCUGGCCGAACCGACACUCAGGGUCUUAAACAACUGAGGAGUAAAUACUGCCUUUGUAAUGAGGCCUUCCAAACGGUAGAAGCUACAGGCGACAUGGCCACGAAAACUGGCGACAAUCCUCUUAAAACGCACCCAACAAUCGACAGAAAGGGAGGAAAGAAUUUUGACAGCGACAAUCCAUUUUUAAGUCGUGAAAGUGACAUCUGUUCACUUUUGUAUUUGGCUGAUUUUCGGCUGCGAAAUAAUAAACUGUCCUCCAUUAUUUCCAAACAUUUUAUCUUUGGAACGUUUUCUAAUGAUGGUAUUGGUCAAGAACGGUCCAUCGAGGAAGACAGGCUAAUAGGAAUAAUUCUUUCUAGACGCUAUAUCUGCCUAUCUAUAUAGUUAUGCUGAGCCCACAGCCACAUUUUCGGCCUAGCGGCAGCACACCCUCCCUUGGAAGGCCUCUGUAAUGGCAUCUGCAAACUUUCUAGGCUUCCUGGAUAAGGACGAAAACCGCAGGUCCCGUCUCACAGUCCUUGCAAAUGUAAUAAAUUCUGUGGGACGUUAACGAACCCACACACGUUUCGUUAAGAGUAGGGGACUUAAUCCCCAGUGUAGUGGUCUAUCCCAAUUUUACACUCACAUUAGGGGGCAUCGUUACUCAUUACUUCAUUAAGCCGUCUGGCUUGUAAGUUAUCCAUGAAAAGCCGUGAGGGGAGUGGACAACACGAUAUUUAUAAUUUACAAUUUUACAAUUUAUGGUAUAGAAUACAGAGGAGGAAAGAGAAAUUUAGGGAUACCGCUAAAGAAAAUCCGGGAUGUCAUAAAUCACUAAGCGCUGAAUUAUGUGCGACAGGUUUUUACGUAGCCUGAGAAAAACAGCCGACAUUUCGCGACGCCCAAACUGGUUUCCCCACGCAAUGAAGAUGUCUGAGGAACGAACGGAGAAAUUUCAAACUGGUGACCUGUCACUGCCCAGAUCUGGGUAGUGCUUCCAAGAGACUAUAAAGGGGACAGAGAGGGCAUCCCCCAUAUACAGCUUAUUCCAUAGGUAAUUCGUCUCGAGUUAUUUUUAGAAUCGGGAUAAAGUUACCUCCCGCGAGGCGUGGAUGUUUCGUGGAGGUUUCGCAUGACCAAUCGCCGUGCAAAACAUGUCGGGCGCGAGGCAAUGAAAGCGUAAAAAGAUCGAGAGCAUUCCUGAAUAUUGAAGCGAAAUGAGUCGGCGCUCACCUGGGAAAAAGGAAUCGCUGGACUCUUUGACAACCCGUGAAAUCAGUUUAACUCGAAGUUGUCGUAACCUCAGUGCUUUAAAAAAAUGAGAAAUUUCGCCGGUCGAUUGAAACCGGUCGUUUGUACAAUUUAGGGAGUUUAAGAUCCAACGACGCGGACGACAACUAGAGCGACAAAAAAAAACAAUAGGUUUAAUUAGCAAAACAACAACAACUUCGCACGUCCAACACACUUUUUUGUUCAUUUCUUUCCCGUUUUUGCACGACUACGACGUGAAAAUGCUUAAUUUCGCGUUUUAUGGAGUACGUAAAUAAGCAACGACGAAAUUUUAUUACUCUUUCUGAGCUUGGAUAUGGUCCCUUGAAAUUCAGCUUUAGGAGGGUUCGCCUACAAUUGACAAAGUAAGUGGGUAGGAAUAAUCGCUAUAAAGACUGAAAAAAAUAAACAUCAAACCAGAAAUUGCUCUCUUCAAACUGUAAAUUAUAAAUGAUCCUGAGAAAAUAUUCAGUGUGUUAAGGAUUUCCCUGCUCUAGUGUUAGCUCUAUACAAGAGAGGAAGGGCGAUUCUUUUUUAAUUUCGGUUUCGCUGACACAGCUUUCGCAGAAAUCUCGCUGUAGUCGUUUUCGUCGACAAAAGGAAUAGCAAAAUCGCUCUCCGCGUCUUCCCCCAUCUUGUUCUGCGUCAUUUCGUGAAGGACGCGUGGCUUUCAGCGUGGGUCAUCCACGCGGAACACAUUCGCGCUAUGUGAUUGGGUGUUGUCUAAUCCCCCUUGAGAUCUGUGGUGUUAAAAAUAACUCGAGACGAAUUACCUAUGGAAUAUAGGGUGUAUAUGGGGGAUGCCCUCUCUGUCCCCUUUAUAGUCUCUUGGUGCUUCUGAUUGGUCCUGCUGCGAAGGAAAUUUGCUUUAACCAAUCAGAAGCACUACUCAUAUCUGGGUAGUGACACGUCAUCAGUAUGGAAUUUCUCCGUUCUUUCCGCGGGGAAACCAGUGUUAACGUCGUGAAAUGUCGGUUGUUUUCUCAGAUUAGUGUUUACGCCGUACAUAAAAUGUUUCAAAAGCGCAAUACUGCAAACGUGAAUGUCUCUUCCUGCCGAAGCAGUUUCCAAGUUUCCAAUUUGCAUUGGUCUUGAAUUGUUAGGUUUUGUUGUGAUCAGCUAAAAAUAAUCUCGCACGACUUUUUGAACCACACAGAAGUAGGGCAAACCGUUGGCUUGAACAGGAGCUCGUGUGUGCCCGCCUCAAAUUGCUGAUCUCGAAGAGACCAAGCUUCUUACAAUCCCCUACUACCUCUGUAAUAUUGACACCUCCAAAAUGAGCAUACUGGAUUCUGUUCUUUGGUCGGUGUCCGUAUUAAGAAGGUUUGACUGUGUGUAGUUUUUUGGUUUUACUAUUUUUAAGGGAGCAUCUCCUAAAACCCCUAAUAUCUCAGUUGUUUUUGCCUUUACAUUUUAGGGUCUCAUCGAUAUAGGUAUCGUUCCUGGAGGAGAUAUAACAGCUGAAGCUGCAUUAACUAAACUUUCGUUUGUUCUCGGAAAAGAGGGAUUAACUUUGGAUGAAAGAAGAAAAGUAAGUUGUGUUUUACUGAUGGGACAAGCUAUACUAACUCAUACAAUGUAA